GGGAGGAGCCAAGAGCGGCCGCCGCCUCUGCCGGAGGAGCCGCGGGGCCGCCACACUCGCCCCCCGCCCCCCCGCGCUCACUCGCACUCACACCCGGGCGCAGGAGGCGGGCGGCCCGGGCCCCACCGGCCCCCCAUGGACGCCCCCAACACGGGGCGCUGAGACCCCGCGUCGCUGCCCAGCCCGGUCCAGCGCGCCACGCCGAGGACUUUUGGACAGGACGAGACUCCGAAACUACUCCCCCAGCCAGGGACCCCCCACGGACCCAGCUUGCCCCCCAGCUCUACCACCUGCCACUCCCUGGCCCCUCUCACCGCCUGCCCCCCUGGGGGUGCAGGGCAUGGUGUGAAAGGCCAAGUGCUGAGGCGGGCACCAUGGGUGCUGUGCCCUAGGGCCUGGGUGGCGGGGGGUGGGUGGCCUGUGGGCGUGUCGGGGGGGCCAGUGUGCCCACCCCAGUCUCUUGGCGUGCUGGAGGGCAUCCUGGAUGGAAUUGAAGUGAAUGGAACAGAAGCCAAGCAAGGUGGAGUGUGGGUCAGACCCAGAGGAGAACAGUGCCAGGUCACCAGAUGGAAAGCGAAAAAGAAAGAACGGCCAAUGUUCCCUGAAAACCAGCAUGUCAGGGUAUAUCCCUAGUUACCUGGACAAAGACGAGCAGUGUGUCGUGUGUGGGGACAAGGCAACCGGUUAUCACUACCGCUGCAUCACUUGUGAGGGCUGCAAGGGCUUCUUUCGCCGCACAAUCCAGAAGAACCUCCAUCCCACCUACUCCUGCAAAUAUGACAGCUGCUGUGUCAUCGACAAGAUUACCCGCAAUCAGUGCCAGCUGUGCCGCUUCAAGAAGUGCAUCGCCGUGGGCAUGGCCAUGGACUUGGUUCUAGAUGACUCGAAGCGGGUGGCCAAGCGCAAACUGAUUGAGCAGAAUCGGGAGCGGCGACGGAAGGAGGAGAUGAUCCGAUCACUGCAGCAGCGACCAGAGCCCACUCCUGAAGAGUGGGAUCUGAUCCAUGUUGCCACGGAGGCCCAUCGCAGCACAAAUGCCCAGGGCAGCCAUUGGAAGCAGAGGCGGAAAUUCCUGCCGGAUGACAUUGGCCAGUCACCCAUCGUCUCCAUGCCGGACGGAGACAAGGUAGACCUAGAGGCCUUCAGUGAGUUUACCAAGAUCAUCACCCCGGCCAUCACCCGUGUGGUGGACUUUGCCAAAAAACUGCCCAUGUUCUCCGAGCUGCCUUGCGAAGACCAGAUCAUCCUCCUGAAGGGGUGCUGCAUGGAGAUCAUGUCCCUGCGGGCAGCUGUCCGCUAUGACCCCGAGAGUGACACCCUGACGCUGAGCGGGGAGAUGGCUGUCAAGCGGGAGCAGCUCAAGAAUGGCGGCCUGGGCGUAGUCUCUGACGCCAUCUUUGAAUUGGGCAAGUCACUCUCUGCCUUUAACCUGGAUGACACGGAAGUGGCUCUGCUGCAGGCUGUGCUGCUAAUGUCAACAGACCGCUCGGGCCUGCUGUGUGUGGACAAGAUCGAGAAGAGUCAGGAGGCGUACCUGCUGGCGUUCGAGCACUACGUCAACCACCGCAAACACAACAUUCCGCACUUCUGGCCCAAGCUGCUGAUGAAGGUGACUGACCUCCGCAUGAUCGGGGCCUGCCACGCCAGCCGCUUCCUCCACAUGAAAGUCGAGUGCCCCACCGAACUCUUCCCCCCUCUCUUCCUCGAGGUCUUUGAGGAUCAGGAAGUCUAAAGCCUCAGGCGGCCAGAGGGUGUGCGGAGCUGGUGGGGAGGAGCCUGGAGAGAAGGGGUGGAGCUGGGGGCUGAGGGAGACCCCCCACACCUCUUCUCUCCUUCUUCUCAUCCUCAGACAGAUUCAGCUCCCACACACACCCCUGCACUGCCCCGUCCCUCCUCAGAACCUCCAGCCCUGGGACAGGGCAAACCAAUGAACUUGCUAUGAAAAGGACAGUGUUGGGGGCUGGGGGACUGUGUCCUCUGAGAAGGUAGGGCAAGGGAGGGAGAGCUAAGAGAGGACAAGCCAUCUUAACCGUAGGGGACAGAGGAAUGUGGGGUGGGGGAAGAUACCCUCAACUCACCCCCUACACACACACAAGAGAGAGCCCCUGCCCAGUUCCUUGGCCUAGGUUCCCCCUCCAGGCUAAGAGCCUCUCUGCUCCCCUAGAUGCCUGAGUGCAAACGAAGGCUUGGCUUGGCUCCUCCUCUGGAAGUUAAAAAUUAUAGUCAUUCUAACUGCACUUUGGAAACCAGGCAAGGGGAGAAGAUAAAUGAAGAAAAACUAGACAGAAAAAGAAAAAAAGAGAGCAAUUGCUAGAGAGAGAGAGAUGAUAUUAAGUUAUUAACUGAGGCUGGCCAGAGGGGAGGACCCCCCACCACCCCCAUGCACUUUGAGAGCUGCCCCUCCUCCCCCCGAAUCAGAGAGAACUGCCCCCCACACCAGGUCCCCAAGGGCAGGGCUGCCGAUCAGAGCUGUGAGUUAACACCACAGGGUCCUGGCCACCCCCUCUUGCCUUGCCCUUCCCUCUGUGCCCCUUUGGCACCCCCACCCCAGUACUCCUCUGCUCUCUGCCACUCGUGCCCGCUGAGUUCCAUCUACCUCUCACGCUGGAUGCCAGCUGGCCCCUCACCAGCCUGCCCUGCUGCCCACACAGCUCCCCUUUCAGGUGCCCAGCCCCAGGGGCCUCUCCCUGUCCCCCCCACUCCGUCCGCACCUUGGCACCCACACAGGAAAAACUGUGGCUCAAGCUCCCGCCCUCUUCACAUCCUGCAGUAUUAGCUACAAUCCAGAUGCUGCUGCACUGGGGGGCGAGGGGGGUGUGCAUGAGCCUCUUCCAGAGCCUCCGCCCCCUUAGGACCCUGUUUCCCAUCUGUCUUCUGGGCUCUCUCUAACCUCUGCCCUCCUCUUUCCUCACUCCCACUCAUUGCACUAACCCAGACUCUGGGUGGGCAGGCACCAGAAUGGGGG